AUGAAUUUUCCGCAAAACAAUUCAAUUUUAUCAAUUAAUAACAACUUUUAUAAAAUUUUACUUAAGAUUCAUGAAAAUAAAAGAAAUAAUCAAUCAUACACAAAGGAGAUUGAAUGGAUUAAAGAGCAAUUACUAAAUGAAAAUCGAAAUUUUUGUGAGAAUGCGGUGAAUGUUUUGAUAGACGCAAAUGAUAAUGGAUUCGCAUUAAACACUCUCGUCUCUACAUUGUCACGACUUCCAUCGACUAACUUUGAAAUAGUUGCUGAUGGAAUAUUUAAAAUUCUCUUAAACGACUUGAAAUUUCCUAAUUAUAAAUGUCCUUUUGGAAUUCUUCAGAAAGCUCAUCCAUUGUUGUUUCUUAUUGAUGGAUCAGUUGAAAGAAUGUUGUAUUUUAGUCAAAAGAUUAUUAAAGUUUUGAGUCAUUCUAACAGCGUAAUUCAAUCCAACGUUGUGGAAUUUCUUCGACCAGUUCUUUUGAUGUUAUUUUGUAAUGACCAAAUCUACAGCGAAUUAACGGAAGUCUGGAGAAAUAUCAAAUACAGUUCAAUUAAAUAUGAGAUCAUUUCAAUGAGAAGAACAACAUCGACGACUUCAUGUUUAAUUUUCAAUUCAAUGGUGCUAACAAUUCUGGAAACUGCAGAAGAUGAGAAAAUGAUUGAAAUAUUAUUACUUCUCGUGCUUUCAACUAAACAUCUUGUCACCUUUUCCAUUAAUCCUACAGAGAAUUUCGAAGUUAUUCUUAAACAUACGGAUAAAAUUAUUAAACAACCUGAAACGUCAAACAUAAUUUUAAUUUUACUCGCCGAAAUACUUCAGGAGACUUCAAUCUUCCACAUGUCAAAGUUGAUAAAGAUUUUUGAAAUGCUCAUAAUUAAAGGAAAAUUAGGACAUCCAAUAAUCCUCAACAUGAUACUUGAUGGUCUUAUUCAAGUGUUGGCUUAUCCGUCAUUCUCAAAAGGAAAUUUGAAUUCCGUUGAACAUCUCGUCAACUUCAUCAAUAAUAACAAAGUCAACAGCAACAUUCGAACUUCAAUGGCCACAUCAGAAAUCAUUUAUUCAAGUUUCGAUCUUUUGAAUGCUCGCGACAUUUCAUUUAUGUUAGAAUCAAAAGAAAAUUUCAAUUUCCGAUCAAUAACAACGGAAGAGGAAAAAAUAUUUUGGACGAGAAAUCAUUUGGUUCUUCGUGGAUUAUUUUUCGACGACUCAAUUGGCUCAAAUACUUGGACUUUAAUCUUAAUUAAUUUAGUGAAUAUUGCAAAAGAUGACGACAAAUUGAAAAGCUCCAUUAUCAUGCCUUUGUUGUUUAAACUCUCAUCAAGUACAAAUCCUCAAAUUAAAAUUCAAAUCUUAAAAAACAUCGCACAACUUGGAGCUACCACUGAAAUCUUCAACACUUUCAAAGCAUUGUCAGCAAAAGGAAUUUACCGAUCAAUAUCCAUCGAUCUUCAUUUAAGACUUUGGCGAGCCGAACCGCGAACUUAUCCUUUUCUUCACAAAGCUUUAGCUGAGAAAAGUAAAACUGAUGAACAUGAUUCUGAUCUUGAAAUUGUUCGUGCUGCAGCUAUAAAUGAAAUUUGUGAUUUAAAACCACAACAUGGCCCCGACUUAGUCAGCAUCAUCUCAGAAAUUCUCAACAACUCAUUGGAAUCAAAAGAUGGGGAAAUUCAAGCUGCUUUAGCAAUCAAUUCAAUUACUGUACUUUGUCAAAAUCACGUCAUUAGCAUCAUGUCAACAUGGAAGGAGAUAAAUUUAAAAACCAAAUACGAGAAACGGCCAAGAAUUGUUAAAAGUUUAUGUCAAUUUUUCGCUAUUGUUCCGUCACUUAAACGAACUAAUUUGGAGUAUGAAAACUUUAUGAAAGAAAUUUUAGGGAAAUUGUGGUACAUGAUACAAUGGGGAAAUAUUUAUGAGAUAAAAUAUGCCUUAGAAGCAUUGAAGAGUUGGAAACAAGAAUUAUUGACUUUGGAUAUUAUUCCGGAUAUUUAUCGAGAAGGAAUUAAACUUCCAGUUACACCACAAGGAAUGGAAGCUUGCAUUCUUGACAUGGAAGUUCCUGGUGAAUGUUUCGUCCAACUUCUGACUAAAGUUCAUGAAGAAGCGAUUGGUUCAGUUGGUGAUUUGAUGCGACAUUACAUCGCUUUUGAAGUAUCUGAAUUUAGAUCCGGUCACUAUCUUGUCAAAGAAGGACAACCAGAACCGAUGAAUUAUAAGAAUUUGUCGAAGCAAAGCAUUCUUAAGCCACUCAUUGCUUUUGUGAUUCAACAAGUGACGACUGAGAAAGCGGAGAAGAUUAUGGACAUUUCAAUUCUAAUCGAAGCAUUCAAAGUAUUGUCAUAUAAAUAUUGUCGUCCAUUGCCACCACUCAAUUGGUGUUUUCUUCAUGAUCUUCUUCAUAAAAGUGCUUUAUUAAAGAGAGAAUGUCUUCACAUCGCAUCGAAGCAGUCAACCAUAUCAGGAACAUCCAAACGAUUAAUUGAAAACUUUCUUGUUAAUCUCGACAAAUCAAAUGAAUCUGACGUUGAAAUUGUUUUGGAUGUUUUAAUUGAUUUAUGUAAUGGAGUGACAGUUGAUAUCUUUCGGACCUUUUGUCAUUACAUCUUUAAAGAUUUCAAAGCAAAGGAUUAUGAGAAGAAGAUAGGAAAAUGUCUUGAACAUGAAAAAGAUGUGACGAAUCGAGAGAACCUUACGACGAUGUUAUCAACUUACAUGAUGUACAAUAAACCAGGAGAAGAUUUAAUCAGAUUGAUUCCAUCAAUGUUUCUCGAAAAUUUAAUAAACGGAAUGAUAACAGAAAAUUUGAUAUCUGGUGAUGAUCGUCAUGAUUUCUUCAAGACGUUUCACUUGAUUUUCUCGACCUCAGAAUCAUUUCCAAAGAAAAAAUGGAUCGCAGAAUUCCUUAUUUCGAUGCAAAAUCGUUUUGUCGAAAAAGAUUUAUUGGAUGAUGAUAAGAAAAAGUUCCUACUUGACAUUUUCUGUGUCGCAGUUAUCGCCAUAUCAGGAAACUUUAAAAUUUACACAAGUCAUGGUGAUGCAAUUGAAAAGCGUUAUCAGAUGUUUCCACAAAGUCUCUAUUUGGUGAGUAAACAGAGAAGCUUUGAUGACAUCAUCGGUUGUGAAACAUCGUCAGCAAAGCUGUGGGUGUUUGGAAAUGCCUUAUUAGAUGUUACCGUGCAAAUAAAAAAUGACGAAUUGUUGAGAAAGUAUAAUUUGGAGCGUAAUGGGCAGAAAGAAGUUUCGUCAGAAAAGUUGAAUAAAAUAAUUGGAGAUGCCAAAGACAGAAACAAAAUAUUGAAAUUUUCUCUUGGUGGAUCUGGAUUAAAUUCAACGAGAAUUCUUGCUGCUAUGGGACAAUUGGAUGUCAUAUUUUUUGGCGCUAUCGGUGAAGAUCAAAAUGGAAAAGUUGUGAAAGAAAUUUUAAAACGUUCAAUGGUGAAUGCACGAUUACAACAACGAAAAGACGUGAGAACUGGAACGUGUUUGUGUCUCUGUCAAGGUGAAGAUCGAAGUUUAACUGCGUACGUUGGUGCAGCAAUGAAGGUUGAUAAAUCGUUUAUUGAGGAGAGUAUAAAGAGUUUGUCGUCGUCAUUGCCAGCUUUAUAUUACAUCGAAGGCUUUUUCAUUCCUGAGAAAAUGCACAUUUGUCGGUUUCUCCAUGAAAAGUAUCAAAAUUCUAAGCUGAUAACAAACUUAAAUGCACCAUACAUUGUUAAAACGUUCCCGAAAGAUAUAAGUUGGCUCACAAAGAAGGCCGACAUUGUUUUCGGUAAUCGAGAUGAGUUUGAAGAGUUGGCGAGUAUGAAUGGGUUUGAAACGAUGGAAGAUUUGUUAACAGAUCUCUUGAAUGAGUACAAUAAACCAAAUGAGCAGAAAAAAAUUAUCGUUGUCACUGAUGGAGCCAAUCCAGUGUUUUUCUAUGAAGGAAACUCUUCACAAAUUCAAUCAGAUCUCGUAAACGUUCCUCAAGUUGAUGCUAAUGAGAUUAUCGAUACAACAGGUGCCGGUGAUAGUUUCGUUGCUGGAUUUAUUUACGCUCUCAUGGAAGGAAAAACCACACGAGAAUGUAUAGAAGUUGGUUGUGAAAUCUCAGCGAAAGUGAUCAGGGUUAUAGGUUGCAAUCUACCAAAAGUUUAGAGAAAUUCAAUAAAUAAAUUUAGUUGGUAAUAACGAGGAAAAUUGGCAUGGAAUGAAGAAGAAUUUAAUUUAAAUACAUCGAGUUCAGUCUUCUUAUCUUCGUCACUUGUCUUCUUCUGAACGAGGUUCUUAUUCGAAUAUUAGAUUUACACAGCAAUGAUGUGCAUUUAGCUUAAACACAAAAUUAUCUGCUGACCUCUAAAAUAAUUAUUGAAAAUUAACUUCUAGAGAUUAAACAUAAAAAUAUGGUACAGCACUUGAUAAUCCUUGAACGUUCCCAUCCAUGAAUGAAACUUCAAUACAAAAAAAAAAUGAAAUGAAAUUUACUUACCAAGGAAGGAGAAAAGGUUUCAAAGACUUACAAUAAACAAUUCUAAUCAAAGCUUGUAAAUUAGUUUCUAGCACAAUACUUAAUUAUCUUAGAUUAAUUAUCUGGUCGAUUUUUAUUUUUUUUUCGGCACUUGAAUAGAUUUUUCAAUGAGCAUCUGAAAUAUCUUGUUGAGUUGAAGGUAAAAGAAAUGGAAAAUAAAGGCAAAAUUACUUUUUACAUGUAAUAGAAAACUUGAUGUUGUGAUUGUUGAGAUAUUCUCACGAAUAGUUUCCAGUUUUUCAUGAAUUUUAAUUUAUCAAAUUGUUAAUUUGUUUCAUGAUAUUAAUAACUGCGAAUACUUAUUAAAGAUAUCAGCGUUAUCAACAU